AUGCUAAACAAACUGCAGGAAGAGGCAGUUAAUCUGGCAAUAACAGGCCACAAUCUGUUCAUAAAUGGGCCAGCAGGUACAGGCAAAACCUAUACUAUUAAAGAAGUUUAUCAUCGACUAACUGCGUUGGGUACAUCUGUUGCCAUUACCUGCACAACUGGCAUAGCAUGUACAAACUUUGAUAAUGCCUGCACCUUACACAGGUGGAGCGGCAUUAAUGAUGGACGCUACAGUUCUAGUGAAAUUGUGAAUAUACUGUUGUCAAAUGAAGGCGCAUUGCAUCGCAUCAGAUCAACAGACGUGCUUAUAAUUGAUGAAGUAUCUAUGUUAAGCAAGAAACUGUUUGAGCAACUUGUAUCUAUAGUUACUCAGUUAAGAGAUGUUAGUAAGUUUUUAGGUGGGCUACAGUUAAUUGUUUCUGGAGAUUUUUUUCAGCUUUCACCAGUGCCCAAUAAAAUGUAUAAUGACAAUGGAGAAUAUUGUUUUUUUAGCCCAACUUUUAUGAAACUGCAUAAACUAACUUUAGUGGAAGUUGUUCGUCAAACAGAUUCAGUCAUAAUAAGUGCAAUUCAAAAAGUGUCAGUUGGGGGAAACAUUGACAAGAAAACAAUUGAUUACAUAAAAAGUCUAGAAAGGCCUCUCAAAAAUUCACAGGACAGUACAAAGUUGUAUUCAACAAAUGAUUUGGUGAACAGUUAUAAUAGGUCAAGGAUUGAACAACAAUCAGGGACAUUAAAGGAAUAUUUGUCAGUGGACACUGGAGAAAGCAAAUAUCUCCAUGAGAUGACGGCACCAAAAAAAUUAUGGCUGAAAGAAAACUGUCCAGUUGUUCUUAUAAGAAACCUUUCAGAUAAGCUGUUUAAUGGACUUCAAGGUUAUGUUACUAGCUUUUCUGCAGAGGGACCACAAGUUUACUUUCCAACUUUGAAAAGCACAUCCACAAUUGGAAAGGUAACUUUUUCAGUAUUCAGCCCAACACAGAACAGGGUGCUAGCCAAAAGGGAACAAGUUCCGUUGUUGUUGGCGUAUGCACUAACUGUUCAUAAAGCCCAAGGAAUGACUUUAGACAGGGUUGAAGUAGACUGCCAGCAGAUGUUCAGACCAGGGCAACUUGGUGUUGCAAUGGGAAGAGUUCGAAGCAGUGAUGGAUUGCGUGUGAUUAAUUUUACACCAAAAGUGUGCAUUCCUCAACCAGAUGAAAUCAAGGGCUACUUGACAAUGCCAUAUGUAGAACCUGCUGAUGAUUUCAACUGUUGUACAAACAUAUCAGGAGUUUAA